AGACUUUCGACUUCGCGAUUGCGUCUCCACGACAGUACCCGACGACUUGAAGCUUCAUCAAACCACCAAUCGGCGCUUGUAUAUCCACAAUGGCCUCUGGAUACGGACUUCACGGAGGCCCAUCGCGGUGCUUCCCCUACUGGCAGGAGCUGCUCGGCUGCUACGUUGUCAACACCAACGGCGAGGACCACUCAGAGAAGAAGAAGUGCGGUUUGGCUCUGGAGGAUUACUACGAGUGCUUGCACCACAAGAAGGAGGCUGCGAGAACGAGGGCGCUCCAGGCUGCCUACCGAAAGGCCGAGUCCGCCAGUGCACGAGACAACGCACCGAGCGCGGGGCAAAUACGCAACCUGGGGCUACUCGGCAAGGAGGACGACACGAAGGUCGUGACGGGGUCGAGUUGAGCGAGAUAAAGUUAAAGCCGGGCUCGAGAAGGGCGAGACAACAUGUACAUGGCGCGAACCGAAUAGGUAGCUUUUGCAAGCACCAAAUGAUCAACACUAGUUUUCUUUUCAGUGCAUGGAGAUGUAUUGCUUAUGUGCUGUUCGGGGAUCUAGGGAGAUGCCAAUUCAACUGAGACGAUACACAUCUCCUGAAUCAGAAGAUUCGAAUGCGUUGAGGAGUUAUUGAACAUAUGUAUGGUGGUGGUGGUGGUGGUGUUAUGCUGUUACUAGCCUCAAAGCGGUGGGCUUCCCAUACGCCAUCUGAGAAGGCUGCGCAUGUAGGUAGACGAAAGGGAAGCAAUUGCCAACGUAGGUACUUAAGUAUGGAGCUUAACCUUACCGGCGAAACUUGCGAAGAACGGCGGCAGGAGCAGGUGGCGAGAGCAAGGUAGCAUAUAUACGUACUGAGGG